AUGAUAUUGCGAUCGAGCGUCUGUAUCGUGCUGAACACGUUGUUGUUGUUGCUUUUUCCUGGAGCAACUGGAUUCCAUCAUGUGUCACCGUUUGCCGUUGUCAAGGCUUCUAAAAGAUGGCGGACGCACGGGUCGAGAAAUCCCCUAGAAGAGGCAUGGCAAGAGCUUGACGAUACCCUCUAUAACAAAAGUCAAGAGUCCAUUGAUAGACUCGAGGAAAUUAGUCGGUCCUUUCGACAACUGGUAGAUGAAACUUCUUCUUUGGAUGAAGAUGAUACAAAUAGUCACAGAAUAGUCAGGACAUCCAUUAUUUCGCCAUCCAAUAGACAAAUGAACAGAACGUCGGCGACUGCGCUAUCGGCGUCCCCACGACAAUCCGACACGGCGCUGUAUGGCCAACAAUCCACUCCCGAUGAAGGGGCAUCCUAUGCCGAGUCUCUAAAGAACCAGAAUCAAAUGGAUGGUGGUGACGAUAAGUCCGGCGGUCCCAUUUUCCCUGGGCAACAAAGUAGACUCCCAUCCGACUCGAAUCAGAUUCCUCCACCAAACAACCAGAUGGAAGGAAGUCAAGAGUCUGGUCCCUCCUUUCCAGGGAAGCCAAGCAUGAAGCCACCAUUCUCAGGGACACCACCUCCAUCAAAUCCAUUUGGAGGCAGUCAAAACCCGAGGGAUGGAGCCGAAAAUGGGCAGUCAGGUGGUCCAGUCUUUCCAGGGCAAGCAAACAAGAAACCAUUCACUGGGACAAUGCCGCCACUGAAUCCACUUGAAGGCAGUUCUAGCCAAGUGAAAGGAAGUGAAGAGUCCUCCUUUCCAGGGAAGCAAAAUAUAACGCCACCAUUCCCAGGGACACCACCUCCUGCAAAUCCAUUUGGAGGCAGUCCAAACCCAACUGACGGCAGUGGGGAGUCUGGAAGUCCUGUCUUUCCUGGUCAACCAAGCAAGCAGUCAUUCCCAGGAAAAACGCUCCUUUCAGGUCCCGGAAAGAUUCCGCCACCAAAUCCAAUUGGGGGGAGUUCUGGCCGAAGGGAAGGAAGCGGGGGCUCCAGUGGUCCUGUCUUUCCUGGCCAACAGAAUCAGCAGCCAUCCCUGGGGAAAGUGCCGCCACCAAAUCCACUUGGAGGGAGUUCUAGUAGCCAGAUGAAAGACAGUGGGGAAUCUGGAGAUCCCGUCUUUCCUGGACAGCAAAACGAUCCCCCAGAGAUGCCAACUUCGACUUCAAGCAUGGCACCACCAGCCAAGCAGCCUCCAACUACACCGCCCCCAAAGGAUGCUGUUUCAACGAGUUUUGCAGAGGGGGGAAGAGACAAAAUCGGAGCUCAAGAAUCCCAAGAGGGAGGUCUCCUUGCUUUGAUUACAGGAGGUUUCGUACUGCUAGCUGCGUCAGCUGCAUUUGUGCUUUCUAAUGGGGAUAUACCUGAUACUGCACCCACAGCGUUUCAGGAAGUGACUCAGAAUCCUGCACUGUCAACACUGACUCUGAAGUCCGAUACAAAAAAUGAAGUUGUCAAGGAAGCUGUCAGGCCGUCAAUGUCACCGCCGCCUGCUGUUCCACCUCCACCUUCUUCACAGACUGUCACAGAUAACCCUUCCGCUGGUCUAGUAGGGAGUGAAGCUUCAAAGAGAAUAUCUGCAGAACGGCAGGAAGCAAUAAACCAACGAAUUGCCAUCGAGAAAGCCCGCAUCGCCAAGGAGUUGGACGCAAGAAGGGCCGUCGAGGCUGAGAAAGAGGCAGCUCAGCAAAAGUCAGCAGAACAAAACGUUCGUGCCGAAGUAUUAGAAGACGAAACGGAGGCUGCCGUUGAGUCCAGCAAGAAGCAACAACCAACUGCCGAACAAAAAGAACUUGGCGUGCAAGACGAUUAUGAUACCGCCACCCAAGCUGAGCGUGCAGCUGCCGAAAAGGCAUCUGAAGAUGCUGCAGCCAAUGCACAAGCAGAGAAAGAUGCUGCAGAGAGGAAGGCCGCGGAAGAGGAUGCAGCAGAGAAAGAUGCCGCAGAGAGAAAAGCAGCUGAAGAGGCCGCGGCAAAGGCUCAAGCUGAGAAAGAUGCAGCGGACAGGAAGACAGCUGAAGAGGCUGCUGCAAAGGCUCAAGCUGAGAAAGAUGUUGAGGAGAGAAAGGCUAAGGAAGAGGCCGCGGCAAAGGCUCAAGCUGAAAAAGAUGCUGCUGAUAGAAAGGCAGCUGAAGAGGCCGCCGCAAAGGCUCAAGCAGAGAAAGAGGCUGCGGAGAGGAAGACCGCUGAAGAGGCUGCAGCAAAAGCUCAAGCAGAGAAAGAUGCUGCAGAAGAGGCUGCGGCAAAGGCUCAAGCAGAGAAAGAGCUACGGAGAGAAAAGCAGCUGCAGAGACCGCAGCAAAGGCCAAGCAGAAAAGAUGAUGCGAGAGAAGGGCGCGCGCAGCAAAGGCUCAAGCUGAGAGAGCUGCUAAAGGCAGCAGAAGAGGCCGCAGCAAAGGCUCAAGCUGAAAAGGAUGCUGCUGAUAGAAAGGCUGCAGAAGAGGCUGCAGCAAAGGCUCAAGCUGAAAAGAAUGCUGCUGAUAGAAAGGCUGCAGAAGAGGCUGCAGCAAAGGCUCAAGCUGAGAAAGAUGUUGAGGAGAGGAAGGCUAAGGAAGAGGCUGCGACAAAGGCUCAAGCUGAAAAGGAUGCUGCGGAGAGGAAGGCAGUGGAAGAGGCUGUGGCAAAGGCUCAAGCUGAAAAUGAUGCUGUGGAGAGAAAGGUGGCAGAAGAGGCUUCGGCAAAGGCUGAAGCUGAAAAGGAUGCUGCAGAGAGAAUGGCAGCUGAAGAGUCGUUUGUAGCAGCCCAAAAAGAACUUGAAAUCGCGGAGGCAAAGGCUCAGCAACUUGCUGAAGAAGAACAAUCUGCCAAGGAGAUCGCGGCCCAAGCUGAAGCUGAACGAUUGGUGAAAGCAGCAGAAGAAAAGGAGGCAAAAGAGUCACUGAGAGACGCCGUAGAAGCUAGAAAGGAGGCAGAUCGCAACCUGAAAGAUUUGCGGUCAAAAGUAGACAAGGCUCAACGAGAGGUCCGCAUAGCAGAGAAUUCGAUCAUUGCUGAACAAAACAUGGAAGUAAAAGAAGAGUUGCAAGAGGAAUACACGAAACUGCAAGCUGAAGCAGACUUGCAAACGCUACUCAAGAAGAAAGCAGAGUUGGAGAAGACCCUGGCAGCUAAGCGCGAAGCACUUGCUCGAGAAGAAGAGAAGAUUGCAAUCCAGGAGAGAAGGGAAUCUCAAAAGGCUGCCGCAGAAGCCAAUGCUGCCGCACGAGACGCAAGCAAGGCAGCAAUGGCCGCUGCGGUUGACGAGAAGGUAGCUGAGAUGGCUGUUGUGACAGCGAAGGAAGCGGUUUGCAAUUGGAUCCUCGGCUCUUGUCCCUGA